AUGACGGAUAAGUCAAUUCAAGAGUUAGCGGUCAGCGUAGGACUUCCUGUUGCAAAGCUCCUUGAUCAGGUGCGUGAAGCUGGAUUGCCACAAAAACAGGCUGAAGAUAAAAUUUCUACUGAACAGCAAGAUGUUCUCGUGAACCAUUUGAAAAAAGCGCAUGGUCAAGAUACGGGACAAGCAGGACAAAUCACGUUGAAACGUAAAACGACAAGUACAGCUAAAGUUGCGAGUACUUCAGGUAAAGCGAAGACAAUUAACGUAGAAGUUCGUAAGAAACAUACGUUUACUAAGCCAGACCCUGAACAAAUUAAAGCGGAAGCUUUGGCGAAAGCUCAAGCAAAUGCUCAAGUGACAUCAACUCAAAAAGUACAGCAAAAUACUGUAGUGAGUGGAGUUGAAAAAACUGAAAGUUCAGCGAAAGCGAAUUUAGAAAAAAUGCGUGCUGCUGCAAAACAGCAAACUGCUGCAAAAGAAACACCAAAAGCAGCAGUUGUUGUAAAGCGUAAAUCGACCAAUAAGCCGAUUACCAAAGCAACCGUAAAAACCAUUGAAACCCCUGAGCAGAAACGUGCCCGUGAAGCUCAAGCAGCACAACUGAAAGCGACUGAAGAAGCAGCUCGUCGUAAGUCAGCAGAAGAAGCUCAACAACGUACCCUUGAGCAAAUGCGUCAAAUGGCGUCUAAGUAUUCUUCUGAUGAAACAACGACUACGAUUCGUGUUGUUGAUGAUUCACCGUUGGCUGCUGGUUUGGUUGGUCAAGCAUAUGAAGAUUCAUUUGCGAAAGAAGACCGUGAAAUCAAACGUGGUACCAAUACUGCAAAUACGCGUUCUCCUAAAAAAGGUGGUCGUCGUGGUCAGGAAGAGCAAUCUUUCAGCCAUAACCCGCAUAAACGUGGUUUAAAAACCAGCCAAGCCAAUAAACAUGAUCUUGCAGCAAAAAUGGCAGUUAAAGUUCGUGAAGUGAUUAAAUCACUCAUGAAAAUGGGUGAGCUUGUUACUCAGAACCAAGCCAUUGAGCAAGAAAUUGCAGCAUUGAUUGUUGAAGAAAUGGGUCACAACCCAGUACGUGUAUCUGAUACACAAGCUGAAGAUAACCUACUUGAAGCAGCUGAAGAAGCGCGUGGUGCACAAACAACACGUGCGCCAGUUGUAACGAUCAUGGGUCACGUUGACCAUGGUAAGACAUCGUUACUUGAUCGUAUUCGUCGUGCCAAAGUUGCACAAGGCGAAGCGGGCGGAAUUACACAGCAUAUUGGUGCUUAUCACGUUAAAACGGAUAAAGGAAUUAUCACUUUCCUUGAUACGCCUGGACAUGCUGCAUUUACUGCAAUGCGUUCACGUGGUGCCAAAGCGACUGAUAUCGUGGUACUUGUUGUUGCUGCGGAUGAUGGUGUAAUGCCACAAACUGCGGAAGCAAUUGACCAUGCGCGUGCUGCCGGUACUCCAAUUAUUGUUGCAAUCAAUAAAAUGGAUAAAGAAUCAGCUGAUCCAGAUCGCGUAUUGAAUGAAUUGACAACCAAAGAAAUCGUGCCUGAACAAUGGGGUGGUGAUGUACCAGUUGCAAUGGUUUCAGCACACUCAGGUCAAGGUGACUUGGUUCUUGCUGGUGCGUCUUACGGCCGUGUCCGUGCGAUGACCGAUGAGAAUGGUCAACGUAUUCAAUCUGCAGGUCCUUCAAUUCCAGUUGAAAUUUUAGGUCUUCCAGAAGCGCCAAUGGCGGGUGAUGAAGUUCUUGUUGUUAAUGACGAGAAAAAAGCACGUGAAGUUGCCGAUGCGCGUAUGGAUCGUGAGCGUCAAAAACGUCUUGAACGUCAAAGUGCAAUGCGUCUUGAGAACAUCAUGGCGUCAAUGGGCAAAAAAGAUAAGCGGUGCUUCUUGGCUUUAACGUACGUGCAGACAAUACCGCGCGUCAAAAAGCAGAUGCAGAUGAAGUUCGUGAAGUAUUCCAUUCAAGUAAGUUUGGUGCUGCUGCGGGUUGUAUGGUACUCGAAGGUGUAUUACAUCGUAAUAAACCAAUCCGUGUACUACGUGAUGAUGUUGUGGUAUUCCAAGGCGAGCUUGAAUCUCUUCGUCGCUAUAAAGAAGUGGUUGAAGAAGUUCGUGCUGGUAUGGAAUGUGGUCUUGCAUCAACGUCUUAAGCGUAUGGCAGAUACAGUACAACGUGAGUUGUCAGAACUGAUUCGCCAAGAGCUGAAAGAUCCACGCUUAGGUGGUCUAGUGACCAUCUCUGCAGUGAAAGUCAGU